UCCCUCGCUCUUCCAGCAGCUGGGGUGCAGAGGAACGAGGCAGGACAAGCGGUCGUUUAUUUUCCUCAGCUACAGGGACACGGGUGCUGUGUUCAGCAGCCGCUGUAGCAGGUCAGGCUGUCUGCAGGACCAUCGUGUUCAGUUAUUUGCUAUCGCUUCCCCUUCCUCAUUUGCCAGCGGCAGGUGAGUGGAGAGCCAGGCUGUGUGAGCUGCAAGAGAUGGGUCAGGCCCACAUGCAGUGCCCAGCAGGGAAUUGGUUUUUCAUUAAGUUUUAUUUUAAAUUGUCUUUUGCAGUCCUUUCUGUACGACUUUGCAAUGCUUUAGGUUCCUCUUUCCCUUGCUUUUACACCCACUCCCAUUGGAUUUUACUGAUGUCUCUCCCUAGAUGGCCAGGUUGCUCCCACAGAUGCACUCACAGGGGUCCCCUCUGGCCACUACAAUGUGGCUUUUUGUUACUAGAGGAGUCCUAAUGUGUGCUCUCUGAAAAGGCAUGUUACCUAUGGAGCCAAACUUUGCUGGGGUCUGACCUGCUAAACUGUUUGGCUGCAGGUUGCAGUGUCAGUUCCUCAGGGUGUUUUGUUACGGUAGUGAAAACUCUUCUCUUCAAAAAACAUCAGUUCUGAGGGCUUUUUCUUUUUCUAUACAAAUGUACUGGUUUAAUUUCUUGUUUCAUUUCUUGUUUCAUUGUUUGCUAUUGAGCAAUAAUGUAAUGUGCUCAAAGCUAGAUCAUGUUGAUUAAACACAGGUUCCAAGCAAAGGAAAAUGUGAGCUGCAGAACUAAGAAAGCUCAUAUUCCUGGGAGUUAGUCUUUCGAGAAGCUGUUCUAGAUUCCUGUUGAGUCUAGUAAGGUUAAAUUCCCAUCUAUAGCCUGUUCUGUAGUGGGGCACUGACAGUCUUCUCUACCUGGGAGCCCAUCAUGCUGAGACUUAACUCAUUGGUAAAUUGAGGUUGAGCAGGUAGGUUCCAAAUUUGUUGGCAGAAGGCCAUACAGAUAUGUGUAUGUGGAGAUUGUGGAGACACUCAAAGCUUCAGGGGUGAAAGUAUAAGGUUUAUAUUUUUUAAAAAAGAAAAAAAUUGAAGUGGAGGAACCUAAGCUUACUGUUCUCUGCUAAAGCAUGGGAAAAUAUUCAGGCAAGCACUCCCAAAGUAUUUGUUUUCCCUCUACUGAAGAUUAAUUCUGUAUAGAAUGAUAUGGAAGAUACACUGGAAUUCUCUCUUGAUUAGCAGAAAUGCUAUGUAAUUAUACAAGCUCUGUGACUCAGCAGGCUUGUCAAACCUUUCUGAGCUCUUACAGCUCUAAUCCAGUCAGAAUUUUUGUGGAAUUAAUUUUCUUCUUUAUCCAGUAAAGCUGCAUUACAAGAUCACCAGAUAAAACAAUGGGAAGUGCUAUUCUUUGGUGGAGCCGCUUAUCUGUCAGACUGGUGUCUGUCUGCUUGCUGUGUGCAUCAGUUGGAAAGCAAUGUCAGAUCCAAAAUGAAAUGGCUGACUGCAGUCACCUAAAGCUGACUCAAAUUCCUUCUGAUCUCCCAAACAAUAUAACAGGUUUGGACAUUUCUCAUAAUCAGCUAAGACAGCUAGGUCCUGCAAAUCUGACCAAGUACAGCCAGCUGGUUUACUUGAAUGCAGGCUACAACAGCAUCUCUAAACUGCAACCGGAAUUGUGCAAAAAUGUGCCCCUGUUGCAGAUUCUGAAGUUAGAACAUAACGAAUUGUAUAAAAUCCCUGAUGGAGUCUUUGCUUCCUGCACCAACCUGACUGAGCUCAAUCUAGGAUACAACAGAAUAGAUACAAAAAAUGAUCCUUUCAAAACUCUGGAGAACUUGAAUAUUUUGGACCUAUCUCAUAAUCUUUUGAAGUCGGCAAAUUUAGGAUUGCAGCAACAGUUGAAGAACCUUCGUGUGCUCAUCUUGGAUAGCAAUGAAAUCACCGAGUUAAAAAAGGAAGACUUCAGUUUUCUUAGCAACACCUCAUUGAAUAGUCUUGAUUUGUCAUCAAAUCCACUGAAAGAGUUUCACGUAGGAUGUUUACAUGCAAUCGGAAAUCUGUUUGGCCUUGUACUGAAUGAUGUUGAACUUGGUGAAAAUCGCACAAAGAAACUUUGUACAGAAUUAUCAAACACUGCGAUUCAGAACCUCUCACUGAGCCGUGUGAAGCUUUCAUAUGUUGGCAAGUCAACUUUCCAGGGACUGCAAGGAACAAAUCUUACAGUUUUAAACCUUUCCCAAAAUUCUCUGUCUGUGAUAGAAGAUGACUCAUUUCAGUGGCUUUCAAGUUUACAAUACUUAAACCUGAAGCAUAAUAACUUUCAUAUAUCUUCACGUUUAUUUUAUGGAUUAUCCAGCCUCAAACAUCUGAAUCUGAUAAAUUCGCUUACUGGGAAAAUUGAAGAUUUUUCCUUUCAUUGGUUAUACCACCUAGAGUACCUUAUAAUGGAUAAUAACAAUUUUCCAGGAAUUACUGCUAAUACGUUCACGGGUCUGAACAACCUGAAAUACCUGAGUCUCUGUAACUGCAACACAAACUUACAAAGAAUAACUAAUAAAACAUUUUCGUCACUUGGUAAUUCCAGUUUGCAAGUUCUCAACCUCACAAAAACAAGGAUCUCUACAAUAGAAAGCGGGGCAUUCUCCUCCUUGGGACAUCUGAAAAUUCUUGAUCUUGGUCUCAAUGAAAUUAGUCAAGAGCUCACAGGUCGUGAGUUUAAAGGUCUCAAUAAUAUACAAGAUAUUUAUCUUUCCUAUAACAAAAACUUGGCUUUGCAAAGUGAAUCAUUCAUUUUUGUCCCAAGCCUUAGAAAACUGAUGCUGAGGAAGGUAGGUUGCAGUAAUCUGGCACUUUCUCCUUCACCUUUUCAUCCUCUACAAAAUCUGACUGUCCUGGACAUCAGCAAUAACAACAUAGCAAACAUAAAAGAAGACUUGUUUGAUGGACUCCACAAACUUGACAUUCUGGAUUUGCAGCACAAUAAUUUAGCCCGACUCUGGAAACAUGCAAACCCAGGUGGCCCUGUUCUUUUUUUAAAAGAUCUUCCCAACUUGCGCAUUCUUAAUUUAAAAUCAAAUGGGCUUGAUGAGAUUCCAGUUCAGGUUUUCAAGGGUCUGUUUCAACUAAAAAACUUGGAUUUAGGAUCAAAUAAUUUGAAUAUGCUUCCAGCAACUCUGUUUGAUGACCAAACCUCUCUGAUUUCAUUGAACCUUCAGAAAAAUCUGAUAACCUCAGUUGAAGAAAAAGUGUUUGGCCCAGCUUUCAAGAGCUUGAGAAUACUAGAGAUGGAUUCCAAUCCAUUUGAUUGCACCUGUGAAAGCAUUGCUUGGUUUGCUGAUUGGCUUAAUGUGACCCAAGCACAUAUACCUGGAUUGCAGUCCCAGUACAUUUGCAACACCCCACCUAAAUAUCAUGGUAGUCUGGUGUUGCAUUUUGAUAGCUCAGCCUGCAAAGACAGUGCUCCAUUUAAACUUCUGUUUGUGAUCACUACUGCUAUUGUGAUGCUACUCAUUUUUAUUGUUCUCAGCAUCCAUUUUGAAGGGUGGAGAAUAGCUUUCUACUGGAAUAUUUUAGUAAAUCGAGUACUCGGUUUUAAAGAACUUGACAGACAACAGGAAGAGUUUGAUUAUGAUGCCUAUGUUAUUCAUGCGAGACAGGACAAGAAAUGGGUAUCUAAGAAUUUCAUCUCUCUGGAAAAACAUAACCACUUUCAAAUUAGGUUUUGUUUAGAAGAACGGGACUUUGAAGCAGGUGUAUCUGAAUUUGAAGCCACAAUUAACAGUAUAAAAAUGAGCAGGAAGAUUAUUUUUGUUGUGACUGAACACCUCUUACAGGAUCCCUGGUGCAAAAAUUUUAAGGUGUAUCAUGCUCUUCAGCAAGCUAUUGAACAAAGUCGGGACUCCAUCAUAUUGAUCUUUCUUCAGGAUAUCCAAGAUUACAAGUUGUAUCAUGCACUUCACCUGAGAAGAGGAAUGUUCAGAUCUUGCUGCAUCUUGAACUGGCCAGCCCAGAAAGAACGAGUCAGUGCAUUUCAUCAGCAAUUAGUGAUGGCACUUAAAUCAAAUAGUAAAGUGAACUGAAUUUUGAAAGUACAGAUUUGAAUUAUGAAGUCAUUUUAUUGCAUAUUUUCUAUCAUUGGAAAACUAAAAAGCCUUCAG